AUGAAACUACCUGUUUAUGGAAAAGGGUGCAAUUUGAAAAAUCUGCAACUCCUUUGGCUAUACGACUACUACAAGGUGUUUGCAACUUCCUUCUACGGAAGCCACGUCUACCUCUUAACAUAUAAUGGUUUUAAAAACUUUUACGAAAAAAUCGAAAGCGCGGAUUAUUCCAGCACAAGACUAAUCGAAAAAACCGGAGAUCUGAAUCAGAAUCAAAUAAACGUUUUAUUUACAUUCAAUGACCACACGAAAAUACGGAAAGUGAAGGAUUAUGAGGGUAAAACGGAGAAGUAUGAAGGGAAAGACUACGACAUAAUUAAGACAAUAUUCGAAAAUCUAAACGCCGAUUUUCGCGUAAUAGAUAUAGAUGACACGAUAUCUGAUCCGACAGGAAACCCUUGGUUUACCAAUUUGGACAUGGAAAAUAAAUCCGAAAUUCAGCGGGAUAUUUUGAAAAGGUGGAAUAUAACAAUGUUGACCAAAUCUCAGAGAAUUCUGGAAAAUGACGGUGUUAUUGAGGUGACUUAUCCACAUACUGAGAAUGCGAUUGCUCUACUUCUGCCAAAGUGUAGGAAGAUAACGAAGCCUGAAGAGGUAUAUGAUUAUGUAACGCAGCCUAUAUGGUACCUCCAUUUCACACUGUUAGUUGCCUCCAUAAUGGCCCAAGCGAAAAUAACAAGCAUGCUCUCUACAGAUUUGUAUGAGAAUGAACUAGACUCAUUAGAGGAUAUAUACAGAAAGGAAAAACUCGACUUUAUCAUAUUUGGACUCAAUUCUUAUGUCGAUGAGAUCGCAGAAAAGUAUGAAGGAUCCAAGUACAUGAAUAUCAUUGAAGGAAUGGUGAAAGUGCCCAUGGAUGAAAAUCUGGGAGAAUUAAUGCUUUUGGAAAUGCCAAAGCCCACAACUUUUAAAAUGGCAAUCAUGCUAGAAUAUGAUAUAGCAAAAUUCUAUGCCAGACACAUUAAGAAUAGGGCAGAUGGCGGAGGAAGACCAUAUCUACAUCUAAUGAAGCAUAGCCUUAUGCCAUGCUUUCAAGCUUUUCAUGUCACAGCUGGAUCACCAUUAUUUUCAAUAAUAGAUAAAAAAAUUAAACAACUGGUCGAGGGUGGAUUCAUAGUCCUUUUCAAACGAAGGUUUCUUUUCAAGGGACUUAUAGAUGGAUAUUUAUAUCCUGAUGAAGAUUCUGAUGUGGAUGUAUAUGAACCAGCACCUAUCAGCAUGGAUCUAGCAAAAUAUGUAUUCCUCUUACUCUUUAUAGGCUUGACAAUAUCAGCAAUAAGCUUCAUUGCAGAAAUUCUACUUCACAAUGUCAAGAAUAUCAUUUUUAUAUGCUGUCUCAUUUAAUUAUUUGGAAUAAUGAAUACUUUAAUCCUAUAAUAAUAUAUUAUAGUGCACUUUCUGAAUGCAAAUCACAUUCAAUAAGCUGCAUUUCAUUUAGAACCUAACAGUUUUCACUAUACAUUUUUUUCUAUUUCACAAUUUGCAAUCACACUUGUUCAAUCAAUUUGAAGUUGUUGUGCUGUUCUUUAGGCACCACAUUGAAAUAUUUUUUGUAG